AUGGAUGACGGACUUACCAAUGAACAGACGGAGAAGGUGUUACAACUACAAGAUCUCACUGGCAUUGAAGAUAUGAGUGUAUGUCGUGAUGUUCUGAUAAGGCAUCAAUGGGAUUUGGAGGUCGCCGUACAAGAGCAAAUGAACAUACGGGAAGGUAGACCCUCAUCUUAUGUAGGUUCCCGGGAGGUGCGUGCCCCAACUGUUAUCAAUGAUCGUUUCCUGCAACAAGUCUUCUCAGCACACAUGCCUGGGGGGCGAACUUCGCGAGGUAGCAGUGCUGGUCCCAUGCCACGUAGUAUAACUGGUAUUAUUGGUUACAUUAUCAAUAUGGUGUUUCAAUAUUGUUAUUCCACAAUAUCGAGCAUUUUGGGUGCUUUCUUUGGCGGAAACGAGGAGAGAAUUGUCACAGAUCCCUUAGGUGAUGUCAUGAGUUUUAUACGUAGCUACAAUGAACGUUAUCCAGAACACCCGGUGUUCUAUCAGGGUACAUAUGCCCAGGCAUUGAAUGAUGCCAAACAAGAAUUACGUUUCUUGCUGGUCUAUCUACAUAAAGAUCCUACGAAAAACAGUGAUGUCGAUACAUUCUGUAGUCAAACGUUGGCUAAUCGCAAUGUCAUAGAUUUCAUUAAUCGCAAUACUUUAUUUUGGGGUUGCGAUGUAUCAUCGCCCGAAGGUUAUCGUGUCUCACAUUCAAUAAAUGCCCGUACAUAUCCCAUUAUGGUAUUGAUAGCUUUGAGAGCUAAUCGUAUGGUUAUAAUGGGACGUUUCGAGGGCGAUUGCACGGCCGAGGAAUUGGUGAAUCGUUUGCAAACUGUGAUCAAUGCCAAUGAUGUGUGGUUAAGUCAGGCCAGAGCCGAUCGUUUGGAACGUAAUUUAACACAGACAUUGCGCCAGCAACAGGAUGAGGCAUACCUACAAAGUUUAAGGGCUGACGAAGAGAAAGAACGCAUGCGUGAAUUGGAACGUCAAAAGGAGAGAGAAGCAGAAGAGGCUUUGGAGCGUGAAAAACAAAAGGCAGAAGAAAGGAAACAGGAAAUUGUACGAUUGAAAAUGGAAUUAGCCGAACAAGUACCAUCUGAACCACCCGCCGAUGCUUUGGAUGCCAUUAGUGUAGUAUUUAAACUGCCCAAUGGUGCACGUAUUGAACGUAGAUUCCAACAAUCAAAUUCACUAUUAGAUCUUUCCAAUUACUUAUUUUGCCAUCCAUCAACACCGGAUGAAUUUGAAAUUACAACGAAUUUCCCCAAAAGAGUUUUAUAUUCAAAAUCCUAUGAAACGGAUAAUGAUGCUGCCACAUUAUCAAUUGCUAAUAAGACAUUAGUUGAGGUUGGUUUGACAAAUCGUGAGGUACUAUUUGUUAAUGAUUUGGAAGCGUAAUAUUUAGAGUACAUUAUUGUGAUGUAUGCGAA